GUCCAGCAGCCCACUGAGGAAAAACGUCAAGAAGAGGAAGCACCAACUGAAAAUCAGGGUAUUGCACCUAGUGGGGAGAUCGAAAAUGAAGGAGCACCUGCUGUUCAAGGGCCUGACGUGGAAGCUUUUCAACAGGAACUGGCUCUGCUUAAGAUAGAGGAUGAGCCUGGAGAUGGUCCUGAUGUCAGGGAGGGGACUCUGCCCACUUCUGAUCCCACUAAAGUGCUGGAAGCAGGUGAUGCGCAACCAUAGGUUUACACCAAGAGAAAUGAAGACUGAAACCAAGAAUAUUAUUGUUAUGCUGGAAAUUUGACUGAUAGCAUUCUCUUAAUAAAGUUUUACAGUUUUCUGCAAGGAAUCCUUGCACAUUUUUGUUAAAUUUAUUUCUGGAUCUUUAAUAGUCUUGAGAAUUGUAUCUUUUUUGAACGUUUAAAUCCUGUGUUUGAGAUGGUACAUGGAGAUAAAAUGUUGGUACAUUGAUUUUCUAUCAUAGAUAGAUAGGAA